UCUUUUUUGCGUGUCUCGUCAUUCGCGCGCGACAAGGCGUUCAACGAAGAAAGCACAGAGAGAACCGUCAAAAACACCCUACCCGAGAGGAUGGCGCGUCAAAUAACUUCAUCUGAAACGUAGUCUCACCCCAACAAGGCAUUUCUGCUCUGAACAUUAUACGGUUAUUCCCUUUAUGUGUUUUCGCCAUCAAAUGUAACAUACUUAAGAGGAUCAAUGUCUUUUCUUCGUUGGGUAUCUGAGAAAUUCAGUGUGGAGAGCCUGCGGGAUUUGGAGUUAUUUGGAGAGCAAGCUCAGGGACACUCUCACAGGAAAGCCAAUGAGGACAGUGAGGAGAGUCUGACCUCCUUCCCUUGUCGAGACACCAUGGGCAGUUUCCUCCCUGACAGCAGCUCAUAUGAGCUCCUCGCUGUUAUUGGUCGGGGUUUGGACAAUUUAAUGACUGUGAACCUGGCUCAAUACAGACCCACUGGGGAGAACGUGGCCAUCCGACGGAUUGACUUGGAGUCAUGUACUAAUGACAUGGUUACCUACCUGCAGGGUGAACUACAUGUGUCAAAGUUGUUUCACCACCCCAGUAUUCUGCCAUACAAGAGUGUCUUUAUAGCUGAAAAUGAAUUGUGGGUCAUCACACCCUUCAUGGCUUAUGGAUCAGCCAGAGAUCUCAUCUGCACACAUUUUACAGAUGGUAUGAGUGAGCUGACCAUUGCAUACAUUCUGCUAGGCAUGCUCAAAGCUCUUGAAUACAUCCACCAUAUGGGAUACGUGCACCGGAGUGUGAAGGCCAGCCACGUUUUGAUCUCUGCAGAUGGGCAAGUCUGCAUGUCAGGUCUGCGGAGCAUCUUUAGCCUCAUUCGUCACGGCCAGAGAGCCAAAGUGGUCCACGAUUUCCCCCAGUAUAGUGUCAACGUGCUGCCAUGGCUUAGUCCCGAAGUGCUGCAACAGAAUCUCCAGGGUUAUGACUCUCGAUCAGACAUCUACAGCCUCGGCAUCACAGCCUGUGAACUGGCCAAUGGGCACGUGCCCUUCAAAGAUAUGCCAGCUACACAAAUGCUGCUGGAGAAGCUAAACGGGACAGUGCCAUGCUUGCUGGAUACCACAACUAUACCCCCAGAGGAGCUGUCCAUGAAGCCUUCCCGCUCUGGUGCUGACUCUGGGAUCUGUGAGGGUCCAGGAGCGGGAGGAGGCCGACACUCUAAUGGCGAGCCUUCCUCAUCGUCAGGAGGACACCCGUACAACCGGACGUUCUCCCCACAGUUCCACGCCUUUGUUGAACUGUGUUUACAGCGAGACCCAGAAAAAAGACCAUCUGCAGCCACUCUUACUGGCCAUCCCUUCUUCAAACAGAUCAAACGGAGACCUUCAGAGGCGCUGCCUGAGCUGUUGCGCCCCGUAACGCCUAUCACCAGCUUCGAGAGCUCCCAGCCUCAGGAUUCACCGUCUGGACUUGCCAGCCUAGAGUCCGGUCUCAGCCACUUAGAAGUAGAUGACUGGGACUUCUGACAGUGGACGACUUGGUGGGAAGAUGUUCAUAUGAGAAACUCUCUGAGCAGAUGGGACAAGAUUAGUUUUUGUAAUGGCCGCUAUGUAUAUACUAAAAGGAGUAGCUGUUCUCAGACCCAGGUUACAAACCAGCAGCCAUCUGGCCUCUUUUGACAUCUCUCACGCUUUUGUUCUCUAGAUAUGCACAAAGUCUUGCACUGCACUGAUGGCCUCAUCCUUCUCUCUCUCUCUCUCUCACACACACACACACACACACACACCUGUUUGCAGAUUGUACUCAUACAUUACAAGCCCCCUGGAGCCAAAACACAACAGGACUUUGUUCCUCAUGCUGGUGUUGAGGUCAGAGGAUCUGUGGAUGUAGCCUAAAGAUUCUUGGCAAACAAAUUAGUGUGACGCACUAAAUAUUCAGUGGGGACACUCUACCUCGUGUGAGGAAACUGCUGCUUGAUGUGGCCCAUAUGCUCAGCGAGACCACCAUAAGGGUGCACAGCAGUCCUCACAACUGACUCGGUUAGUCUUGUGCACCAGAUGGAAGGUUUCGUGUUUGCCCAGAGGGUCAGUUAAAUGAACAGCAUGUAAACACAUUUCUUAACUCUGCUUGUGUUACAGUGUAAACUACAUUUCAUGCUUCAGGCAACUCUUCUGUUGCACAGUUUAAGAUUAAUGUGUUAGUUUAACCAUCAAAGCAUAGACGUAUGUAUUUGCUUGAACUUUACUGGGUAUUAACUCAUGUCAAAAAUGAAUGUUUUAUUGGUGCUUGUUUUGUCUGCAUGUAUAUUUGAAAGUGAGGGCAAAGCAAUGUGUUGCAAAACUCAAACUUGACUUUUAACAAUUAAUGUGGUUAACAUGAACUUUUUAUUUUGAUGACACCACACAAUGAGGCUAUAAACCUUAUAAAAAUUGCUUUAUUCAAAUUUUACACAGACAAACACAUAAGAGGAGGGCGGGAAUGUUUAGAUUUUGCUAAUCGUCCUCAUCGGAUGGUGGUUGGUCUGUUGCGGCAUUUUGUUUCUCCAGCUUGGCCAUCAACUCUGGCAAAAGGGGAAAUUAAAAACACGAUUAAUGGGAAUUAACUUGCAUUGAUUACAUUACUGUCUUAAGCCUUGAUUAUACAUUGUGGACACAGACAGCUGGAGUCCCAGCGGCUUAUCUGAAGUCCACCGCCUGGGGUGCAUGCAUAGUUGGUGCAUUGUAAUGUAGAUUCUCCACAAACGAGUCUGCACUGUGACAAAAAAUGGGCAUGUGGACAUUCGCACGGACCCUCAUGCUCAACAUCUAAUGACGAAAUUUAUAUAAUUCACAUUUAAGUGGACACAAAGUAUAAUCAAGGCAUUAAAAGUGGUUCCCCCUCCUCUGAGGGUUUUAGGCUUAUUGUGCCUACCUUUAGCAGGAUUGAAUACUCCAUGGGUUUGAGUGUCGCACACAUAACACCGUUUAGACUUGCGGUAAUGCUGAAGUGCACAAGCCUCACAAAAAUAGUGCCUGCACCUGGAAGACAUUAGCUUGUUAAUACAUUUCAAAAAACAGCAAUUAGCUUGGCAAGGAAAAAAACACACACACACGGAAGAGGCUUACUUUGUGAUUAUGGGAUUCUUAAAAGAUUCCCGGCAGAUGAAGCACUUAAAGGGCAAAUCUUCCUCGUCACUGCUGACCUCGUAGUUCUCAUCAUCUUAAUAAAAAUGCAACAUAGUUCAGGAAAAGCUCAUGUACAGUAGAAACAAAUGCAUUUUAAAUCCCCCUCCUUAACUCACCAUUGGCUCCAUAUCUUCCCUCCUCCAGUUCCCUCUCAAUCUGCCAGCCAUGUUUGUAGUCUGAUCUGUCAUGAAGAAACUUGCAGCUGUCUGAUAGCAGGAGAGAUGAACAUGAAGAAAGACUAAAUGGUUAAGAUUUUUCUUAAAUGUUUAUAUAUUAUUUUUCUAAUAAAUUUCAAUUAAACAGAACAGGCACACAAACUACAAACUGCUGCUCUCAAUAGAAAUCUACUGUAAUGAAAAAGAAAAGUUAACCCCAAGAGAAAAAAAAAUCUAAAUUUGCAUAAAAAAUCCCACUUGUUUAAUUCAGAAGAAACCCUA